CCAUUUUCAAAGGAAGAGAAGGGAUGAAGGGGAUCUGUUCAUAACUUUUGAGAGAGAGGAUCCAGCCUCUCUCUAUCUAGAAUUAGCGUUAUAUCGGAGGCUGGUCCUUGAUCCGCAACGCUCUCGAUUCGAGCUGCAGUGCUUCUCCUUCUUCUCUUUGAUUCUUGUUUCACUGGGAGGAAGGGGAUAUCUUUAGGUGGUACUGUGUUUCUGUAUCUCCUUUUAUUUUUCGUUUUUGUUCUCCUGCACAAUUGUUCGAAGAUGGGGAUCAUGUCAAGGAAAGUGCUUCCGGCUUGUGGGCGUUUGUGUUUCUUCUGUCCUUCAUUGCGGGCGAGGUCUCGACAGCCAGUAAAGCGGUACAAGAAGCUAUUGGCUGAUAUUUUCCCUAAAUCUCAGGAUGAAGAACCAAAUGAUCGGAAAAUUGGCAAGCUGUGUGAAUAUGCUUCAAAGAAUCCCUUGCGUGUGCCCAAGAUUGCAGAUUAUCUCGAGCAAAGGUGUUACAAAGAAUUGCGCAUUGAGCAUUUUGGUUUUGCAAAAGUAGUCAUGUGCAUUUACAGGAAAUUGUUAUUCUCGUGUAAGGAGCAAAUGCCGCUGUUAGCAAGUAGCUUGCUGAGCGUAAUACGUACUCUUUUGGACCAAACAAGACAGGAUGACAUGCGUGUUCUAGGAUGCCAAACUCUUGUUGACUUCGUCAAUAAUCAGAUGGAUGGAACUUAUAUGUUCAACUUGGAAAGUUUUGUACCAAAGCUCUGCCAGCUAGCUCAAGAAAUGGGGGAGGAUGACAGAGGCUGCAUUCUUCGAUCGUUUGGUCUGCAAGCCCUUUCUUCGAUGGUUUGGUUUAUGGGAGAAUACUCACAUAUUUCUGCAGAAUUUGAUGAGGUUGUCUCGGUGACAUUGGAAAAUUAUGGAAACUCCAAAGAUAAGUCAGAUAAUAUUCAUCUGGAGAAGCAAGGUUCCAAGAACCACUGGGUCCAAGAAGUACGCAAGGUCGAGGGCCUUGUUUCACCCAUGCCAGUUGCAACAAGAGUUGCAUCCUGGAAAAAGAUUGUCAAUGAUAAGGGCGAAGUCAAUGUCACCACGGAGGAAGCUAAAAGUCCUAUGUUUUGGUCUAGAGUUUGUUUGCACAAUAUGGCAAAGCUUGCAAAAGAGGCAACAACUGUACGCCGUGUUUUGGAAUCUUUGUUUCGUUAUUUUGACAAUGGGAAUCAUUGGUCGCCUGAGCAUGGGCUUGCAGUUUCUGUUCUAUUGGAUAUGCAGUCUUUGAUGGAGGCAUCUGGGCAAAAUAUACAUUUGCUUUUGUCUAUCUUGAUUAAGCAUCUUGAUCAUAAAAGUGUGAUAAAGCAACCUGGUAUGCAGUUGAAAAUUGUUGAAGUUACCACCAUCCUUGCUGAACAUUCGAAGGUUCAAACUUCUGUUGCCAUAAUUGGUGCCAUAAGUGAUCUAAUGAGGCAUUUGCGCAAAAGCAUUCAUUGUUCCAUUGAAGCUGCAAACCUGGGAGAUGAUAUAAAUGCAUGGAACAAAGUACUUGGUAGUGCAAUAGAAAAAUGCCUGGUGCAACUGGCAAAUAAGGUUGGGGAUGCCGGACCUGUUCUUGAUAUGAUGGCUGUGAUGCUGGAGAACAUCUCAGCCACUAAAAUUGUAGCUAGGACAACAAUAUCUGCUGUUUAUCGAACUGCACAAAUAAUUGCCUCUGUACCUAAUUUGUCAUAUCAUAACAAGGAAUUUCCUGAAGCUCUAUUUCAUCAGUUAGUAAUAGCAAUGGUGUACCCAGACAAUGAAACCCGGGUUGGUGCACACCGCAUCUUCUCUGUUGUGCUGGUGCCAUCUUCUGUUUGCCCUCGUCCACAUCUCAUUGCUGUGAACUCAUCCAAGGCAUGUGACAUUCAAAGGACCCUCUCAAGAACAGUAUCUGUCUUUUCAUCUUCCGCUGCUCUUUUUGAGAAGCUAAAAAAAGAGAAGUCUUAUCUACGAGAUGGAGCCUUUGAGGAAUUUGAAUUAAAGGAUGAUGGAAUCUGGGAGAAACCCAGGCAUCUGGAUGCUAUGGAUGCAAAUCGUAAAAGUGAUGCUGAUGUGAAACUAAAUUCACUGAAGUCAUCCUGCAGUCGAGUUCAGAGUAUGAAGGUCUCACAAUCAUUUCCAGUUUCUGUUACAGAGGGAAACUCUAUGGGUCUUGCGAAUAUGGAAAUGGAGUUGGUCUCGCUUAGAUUGAGUAUCCACCAAAUUACACUUCUGCUUUCAUCCAUAUGGGCCCAGGCACUAUGCCCUGAAAAUACCCCGGAAAAUUAUGAAGCAAUAUCUCAUACUUACAGUCUUGUUUUGUUGUUUUCCCAAACAAAGGCCUCAAGCAAUGAAGCUCUCAUUCGGAGUUUUCAGCUUGCAUUUUCAUUGAGAGCCAUUUCUCUUGCCCAAGGAGGUUCUUUACCACCAUCUCGUUGUCGCUCCCUCUUCACUUUGGCAACAUCAAUGAUUAUAUUUGCAUCGAAAGCCUACAACAUUCAAUCUAUUGUUCCUUGUCUCAAGGCAGCCCUUACUGAGAAAAUGGUUGAUCCUUUUCUGCAUUUGGUUGGAGACAGCAGACUACAGGUGUCUGAUUUUAAGAAAGUUGUGUAUGGAUCAAAGGAUGAUGAUAAUGAUGCCUUGAAGUUUCUUUCAGCAUUAGCACUGACGAACAGUCAGGCAACAGAAUCCUUGGUAUCAAUGAUCAUCAAGAGCUUAGGACUAUUAUCGGAGUCGGAGUCUUCCACUAUAAAGCGAGAACUGUUAUGUGGAUUUGCACCUGAUGAUGUCUGCCCACUGGGUGCUCAGUUGUUCAUGGAUACCCCACAGCAUUCUUCCCUUUUUGGUUCAAAAGAAUCUACAUUCCUUGCUGAGGUCACUCCCUCGGUCACAUUGACAGAUGAAGAGCCUUUCCUUGAAAUAUUUGGAGAUCAGGCAGAACUUGAAGACAAUUUACCAUCAAAGGAACCCCAUCUUUUAAGUGUUAAUCAACUUUUAGAAUCGGUUUUGGAAACAGCACACCAAGUUGGAAGUUUCCGAAUUUCUAUCUCACCUGAAGUGCCAUUCCAAGAACUAACAAGUCGCUGUGAGGCCCUUCUGAUGGGAAAACAAGAGAAGAUGUCUGCUUUCAUGAACUCCUAUCAGAAAGAAGAAAUUUUACUUUUGCCAAUGAGCUCACCAGGAGAUUGCGAAGUAAAGCUGCAGUCAGCAUGGCAGCUUGACCAAAGCUUCCAAGAGGAUGGGUUGGGACGAGAAUGGGUUGACAAGAUUUCCUUACUUGGACUGACCAUCUACCAUAAAACACAUUGCAGAAUCGGAAUCCAUUUAUUGACCAUGAUUUCCCCCUAAAUCCAUAUGGCUCAGCUUGUAAUCCCGCAUCGCAAUGUUCUAUGGAGUACCACCACCCAACUCAAUUUUUUAAGCUCCCAGCCUCAAGCCCAUAUGACAAUUUCCUUAAAGCAGCUGGUUGUUGACAUAAAUGAAAAAUAAAAUUAUCCAUGCCCUAUCACAAAUGAUCAGUCUUACUUUUGCUAAGCAAUGUAUACAUCCCAAAUCAAAGCAUUUAUCAGCAUUCUUUUUGGUGCAAACAUAUAGUCUUCCACCGUCAAAUGGGUUCAAAAGACACAUCUUGGAAUUGUAUGUAUUCUAUGUUGUGGAGGUAUGUAUCAUAUACACAAUCAUUUAAUUCUAGGCAUUGCAUUUGUUUACGAGGGAAAAUAUCCGAGUUUGAAAGGUAUUGCCUCUGGCUUCUCUUUCAACUAGUGUGCCAUUAUAUUGUUCUGUUGAAUCUAAUCAUUGGUUAAAGCUUUAUAUCAUUACUUAAUCAUUCCCACCAUUGUAAUGGAUAUUUUUUAGCUUCUGAUAUAUUGUAAUAUUUGGGAGAAUAGACCCAUUUAGUUACUCAGUUUUGUACCAGAGAAUGUACAUUGAAACCAGUCACAGAUUGGGUUUUGGUGA